UUAUAAAUUAAUAUGUUUUAAGCACUAAAUUGAUUUCUAAAAUGGUUACUUUUGCUUAAUUUUACCGCACAAAAGGACAGUUGGUAUUUCUUACAUAAGUAUAAAAAGACACUAGAAAUAGCACUUAGUAGGUUAGGGGAUUCCAACAAUAUUGUAUUAUCACUAGUAUACUAUCUGAUCUGGUAUGAUUCAUUAUAUAUGAAUGAGAUAUAGAAUUCUGCUAUAAAAGAAAAUAAAUUGUUACUUCCGUUGCAGUUAUCAAAUGUGCAAUAUUAGAAUGUAACAUAAAAUACUGAUAUAAAAUUUUAAUAAGUGCAUAUAUAGUAUUUUAAAUAGCUUUAUUAAAAAAUAACAUUGAGAUUUCUGGGAUUGAAGAAGAAAUGAUUAAACUUAUACAAGAUACAACAAAGUUAAAAAAAGAACAACCAAAUCUAAACACCAGGAAUUGCAAAAUUUGUACUUCAAUAUCAUGUAACAAGAAUUGCUCAAAAGUGGUACAACAAGAACUGUUAAACAAGGGAGUUAUGAUACUUGAAUCUGAUAGCUUUAUUUGUAUAAUAUGUAAUCGUAAAAUUAAAUCAAUUCAUAAUAUUGUUUCACAUGUCAAAGGAAUGACUCAUAAGAAUAAAUUGAAAAGUCAAAAUAUUGACCAAUCAAGUGCUAGUAAUGUUGUUGCAUUAACAACAAAAAUGACUAAACUAUCUAUUAGUAAUAGCAAUCACUCUAAUUUAAAUACUUUUAAUAAUGAUUCCAUUAUAACAGAUAUAGUGAGAGCACAAAUCACAAAUUUUUUAUGUAAAUCACCAUUUGAUAAACAGACACCAAAAAAAUGCAAAUCAAAAAAGAAAUCUGUAACAGAACGUCUAAAUAAAAUGUACAUUACAAGAUAUUUAGAAAUUGAAGAAAAAAUGUAUAACGUUGAACAAAAAUUAGAAAGUAUUAAAAUAAAUUUGGAAUUAAUUAUGCCAUAUGAUAGAACAUAUUUGUAUUGUUUAGCUUGCAAUGAAAAAGUUUCAAAAGAAUUAUAUGUGGUAUAUGAACAUAUAUGUCUCCAAAGACAUAGGAUGCAAGUUAAUCAAGUUAAAAAAGAUAUAAACUUUUAUGAACUAUCAAGGCAAUACAUAAAGAAACUAUCAAACUCUUUAUUAAAGUGUUAUGCUUGUGAAAAUCCUAUUAGUAAUAAAAGAGCCAGUAUUAAUUUACAUAUACAAAGCAGUAUACAUAAAAAAAGAUAUAAAGAAACAGCCAAAGUUAUAGAUGCCAUUUUUGAUUCUAUAUCACAAGAUAUCAAGAAUUUGUGGUAUAAUAUUCAGAGAUUUUGUUGUGUUUUAUGUAAAAAAAAGUUUGAAUUUAAAUUAGAAUUUAUAACACAUAUUAAUACAAAACACAAUCAAAUUUUGAGCGAUCAAAUAUUCGACUUUUGUAUCCCAUGUACUACAUUAUGGUUAAGUCAGGGAGACUCUUAUACAGAACACUGUAAUGAUAUAUUGCAUAAAUAUUUAUUAAAAAGUCAAGAUUUUAUGAUUGAUGAUUUUCCUGAUGAUAUGAAAAGAAUGUUAACACAAAUUGAUGAGGUUUCUGAUAUUUUAUUCCAACAAACACAAGCUUUAUUGAAUGACAAUAUAUCACAGGAAGUGAAACAAUCUCUAGAAAAUAGCGUGAAAUUAUAUUUCCCAACUGUUAAAGGGUUUAUAUUUGGUUCAAGAGUUACUGGACUUGGAUUUCCAAAUAGUGACAUAGACAUAUAUCUUGAUUGCGAAAAUACAUAUGGUCAGGACACUUUACAUGACAAUCAGGACAAUGACACUUCAGCACAAACGCAUUUUAUGUUGAUUAAAAAAAUUUUACAAGAACAAAAAGGAGAAUGGGAAAUAAAACAAAUAGUGGAAAAAGCAAAAGUUCCUAUAAUAAAAUUAAUAUACAAACGAAAUGGUUUACAUUGUGAUGUUUCUAUCACAAACGGUCUUCCUGUUGAGAAUUCUAAACUAAUAAGGUCUUUCAAUAAUGCAUAUUUACCCUGCAGAAAACUAAUAUUGGUAAUAAAAAAAUGGUUCUCCUACAUUAACUUACCUGAAAAACACGGCUUAACGAAUUAUGCUCUUGCUUGGCUUGUUAUAUUCUACUUACAAAGAAAAUCUUAUUUAGAAAGUGUUGCAGAAUUAAUACAAGAGAAAAAUGAAUCUCAACUCAUAUGUGGAUGGGAAACUGGUGUUGCACAACCAAAAAAUAAUAAUAAAUCUGAACAGUCAAUUUCAACAUUGUUAAUGGGUUUUUUUCAGUUUUAUACAAAUUUUGAUUAUCAGCAUUACAUUAUUUGUCCACUUAUGGGUCAACCUAUAGCUAAACGAGCUUUUGUGGAGACAAACGUGCUGCCUAAAGAAAUGAAACAUUACACCAAACAUCUGAGAACCUCAAAAAAUCCUGAGUAUUUCCGUAUUGAUUCUCCAUUGUGCGUACAAGAUCCUUUUGAAUUAUCUUAUAAUUUAACAAAGGCCGUGACGAAUAUUACCUUAAGGUAUUUCAAGCAAUAUUGUCAAGAAAGUUUAUGUAUAUUACAUUCUCUGACAAAGUGAUUUUACCUACAUCAACUACUAUUAAUUUUACGAUUGACAUAAUUUUUAUACUACCUCUAUCGACGAAUAGAAAUAGUCGAUAAAACAAUAUUCAGGAAAUUUAAUGCAAGACAUUAAUAUAUUUUUUUAUAAUUUUAUUAAUAUAUAGUAUAUUUUUGUAUGUAAUUCUAUAAUUAGUAUAUAUUUCAUAUAAUGAUCAUAUAUAUAUUUGAUAUAUACAUAUAAUAUAUAUUGUUUUAUAUAUAACAGUUGGUAGCACAAUAUGACAUAAUCAAAGAAAGUAUCAAAAUAUUAGGUUUCUUGAAAGAUUGUUAAUAGUUAUAGCACUUUAAAAAUGGUAAUAAAAUAAAAUAUAUAUAUAUUGACAAUAUAUAUAUUCUUGACAAUGUAUAUAUAUAUAUAUAUAUAUAUUGUCAAGAAAUAGGUCUAGGAAUAGGAAUACGUAUUGUCAAGAAUAUAUAUAUAUAUUUAUUUUAAUAUUAUAUAUUUAUAUUUUUUAUUUAAAGUGCUAUAACUAUUAAUCUUUCGAGGAACCUAAUAUUUCGAUAUUUCCUUUGAUUAUGUCAUAUUGUGCUACUAAUUGUUAUUUUUCUUAUGAUAUUGUAUGCUCAAA